CCAGUAUGAACCAGAGUCGCAAGAUUGCGCAUUUCUCCUUUCGUUGUAUAGUCGUUUCUCUCAUUACAAGUACUAGAGACGAAAUUAGCGAACAAUGCAGGCAUUGAUCACCAGAGGCCCUUACUCGCAAUGUCUAUCUUUCAACAUUUUUAACACUGGAUUAUAUACUGGUGAUCGUGGCUACAACCACUCUCUACAAGCACUCUAAAUAUAAGCAAUGAUAAUAACGAAGUUAAAUUUCAACUACGUAUUGUGUGAUUAGGUUAAAUUACAUUUUAUACCUUGACCCGAAUAAGAAAUUUAACUAUGCCUCCAAAAAAAGGUGGAAAUACUACAAAAACAAAUAAAAUUAAAGCUGUAGAUGGUAAUAGCGGCAAAGAAGAAAAGAAAGGAGGAAAUGCUGUGAAGGUUAGACACAUACUUUGCGAAAAACAAUCAAAAAUUCUGGAAGCAUUGGAAAAGUUGAAAGCAGGAGGAAAAUUUAAUGAAAUUGCUGCUAUAUAUAGUGAAGACAAAGCAAGAUCUGGGGGUGACCUUGGAUGGAUGACUAGAGGAUCAAUGGUUGGGCCCUUUCAAGAAGCUGCAUUUGCAUUACCAAUCUCUUCUAUUAGUUCACCAAUCUACACAGAUCCACCAGUCAAAACAAAAUUUGGUUAUCAUAUUAUAAUGGUAGAAGGUAAAAAGUGAAUAAUUUAUAAAUAUGUAUAAUACUAGAUAUUUAAUGUAUAAAUAUACAUCCAACUUAAUUAAUUACAAA